AGGUUGCAGAGCUGCCGCUUGUUGGGACCCGGUUCGCGCAUCGCCGUCAAGGAAUGUGCCACCUUCUGAUGAACAAUCUCGAGAAGUUGCUUGGUGAGUUGGGGGUGGAGAGGCUUGUGCUGCCUGCAGUGCCUGAGCUUCUGCAGACGUGGACGGAAUCCUUUGGAUUUCAAGUGAUGAGCCAGCCUGACAAGCUGGAGAUUGCAGAGCACACCAUCCUGUGCUUUCAAGGAACCACAAUGUGCCACAAGUUCAUCAACAAGGCGGCGGUUCCACAAAGAUGAAACAUCCUGCU